AUGGCUCCUAUUCAAAACGCUGCUGUUAUCUUUGCAGAAGUCCCUUCUGGUUAUCCAGAAGCUGUCAAACAUCUUAAAUAUGUUCAAGAUCGAACAAUUGAUCUCGAUACGGUCGAUACACAAGGUGGCAUUGUUACAAAAAAUCUUGUCAUAUCUGUUGAUCCAUACAUGCGAGGUCGAAUGAGAGCAGCCGGAAAAAAUAGUUAUUCACAUGAAUUUGAACUUAAUCAACCAUUAACCAAUUUUUUCGUCGGAAAAGUUGUUAAAUCUGAUAAUUCUAGAUUUAAAAUUGAUCAAUAUGUUUAUGGGUUUGGAGUUUAUGAAGAAUAUACUGUUCAUCCAACAGCUUCAACGGACUUACUUCGAAUUAUAAGUGACGAAGAACUUCAACUUGGUAUACCUUUAACAGCAUGGGUUGGAGCUGCUGGAAUGCCUGGACAAACAGCAUAUCAUGGAUUUUAUCACAUUGGAGAACCGAAAAAAGGCGAGACAAUUUUUAUUACUGGUGCAUCUGGUGCUGUUGGACAAAUUGUUGGACAACUGGCUAAACGUGAAGGUUUGAAAGUCAUUGGAUCAGCUGGUUCAGAUGAUAAAGUAAAAUGGCUUCAAACAGAACUCAAUUUUGAUCAUGCGUUUAACUAUAAAACAGCUGAUGUAAAAGCUGAACUUGCUAAAUUUGAUCCAUUAAAUAUUUAUUUUGAUAAUGUCGGUGGUGAUCAACUUGAAGCUGCACUUCAUGCUGCUGAUAAUUAUGCUCGAUUUAUUGAAUGUGGAAUGAUAUCUCAAUAUAAUACACCCGACGCACAUGGUAUUCGAAAUCUUAUGCUAAUUGUUGUCAAACGAUUAAAACUUCAAGGUCUUAUUGUCUUUGAUAAACUAAAAGAUCCAAGUUUUCAUCAAGAAUUUUAUUCAAAAGUUCCAAAAUGGAUUGCUAAUGGAGAACUGAAAAUUAAGGAAGAUGUAGCCAAAGGUUUAGAACAUGCUCCUGAUGCCAUAGUUGGAAUAUUUCAAGGAAAAAAUUUUGGAAAAGCAGUUAUUCAAAUAGCUGAAAAUUAA